UUAUCCAACGAGUAGAAUUGUCUGUAGCAAGAUUGCUAAAAAUUUUCUAAUUUUUUUUUCAAAGUAAUUUCGUAAAAAACGGUUUAAUUACAAAGGAUUGGAAAAGCUUAGAAAUUAGCAUGAAUUUCACGUAAAGGCAUGUGACUGAAUAAUUCUGAAUGAGUAUUUACUCGAUUCAGCAAUAACAAGCGCUCGCUAUUGUUUUAUUUGAAAAUAGAUUUAUUCCAGUUUUAUCAAAUAUUUAUCUGUAAAAACAAAUAUUUAUCUGAAUACAAUUUUUAAAAAAAUGUUAAAAUCUAUACUUAUGGUUAUCAAUUGCAUGUUCUUCUAUGAGUUAAAGUUUACUCAAUCGUGUACUAUGUCCAAGAGUUCUGGUUUGCGAAUGCUAAAAUGUUCAAAAAUGAAUCUUAAAGAAUUUCCAAAAGAUAUCGACAAUUCAACUGAAUUUUUACGUCUGGAGAAAAAUUUUAUCGAAGAUAUACCAAAACACUUUUCCAACAUACUGCCUAAUCUAGUCAAGAUUGAUAUUGCAUAUAAUCGUAUAAAAACUUUGGAAGCAAAUGUUUUUUCAAAUUUCAAAAAACUUAACACAAUCCAACUUCAAGACAAUAAAAUUACUACUAUAAACAAUGAUAUUUUUAAAGGACUGGAGUCAACAACAAUGAAGUUGCGGUUAACAAACAAUAGUAUUGCAACAAUUCAUCCAAAUGCAUUUUCUAGACUUUAUGCUGACACAGAUUUGUUUUUAAACAUUAACAAUAUAUCCUCAUUGCAUCCAGAGACAUUUGUUGAUGUUCGAUGGAUGAUACAUUUAGACUUGGAUGAUAAUCAUUUAAAUAGAUUGCCAGAAACUUUGUUUCAAAACCAAGAGAAGUUGUUGUAUUUAAGUCUUCGUAAAAACUUAAUUUCAUCAUUAAGCGAAAAUACAUUUAUUGGUUUGGAUUCAUUGGAGAAUAUAGAUUUAUCACACAACAAGUUGACUUCAUUACCAUCCCAGUUGUUUUCCAAGAACAAUAAACUACAGAUAAUUAAUUUAGAAUCAAACUUGUUGACUCGAAUACCAAUCAAAUUACCAUUCAGCGUCAUUGAAGUGAAGCUAAAAGACAAUCCUAUUGUUUGUGACUGUGAACUAAAAGCAAUGCUUUUAAACUACCAACAACCCUCAAUACUAAAAGACUUUGAUAAUCUACUUUGUCAAAACCAUGCAAAUCUAACUACUAAGCAAGUUCUUCAAGAAUUAUUUUGUGAAACAACAACAACACCAAAAUCUUUAUUGAGUAGUGUAUCAACUUUAAAAAUAACGAGUUCAACAGAAAACAAAAAUCCUCAUUUUGAGAGUGAUUUAGGUUGGCGUACAAUGCUAGCCAUUAUACUCAGUGCAGUUGUAUUGCUUGUUAUGGUUGUUUUGUUUAUCUUUCUUUAUCGAAAAUGCAUUUUAAAAACUGGUCACCAAUUUUAUAAUGUCGUUCAAACUUCAACAAUGCCUCGUAAAAAAGGCUCAAAAAGUCUGAAUCAGCAGGGCGUUUCUAAAUCAUUAGACCUAGACGAGAUAGAACAACAAAAAAAUGAAGGCUGGGACGGAACAAGUGUUGCAAUUUAUAGGAAAUUUGAGGGUGUCAUAUGAGAAUUUUGUUUUGGCAUAUUGUGCGGUGCUGCAGCAUUGUGUUGUGUUGAAAUAAUUAAAAUUUCUACCAAUUAGCUCUGAGGUAAACAACCUAAAGAAAUAAUUUGUUUUUUUAACAAAUUAUUUAAAUGAAAUAAAUCUCUGUCUGAA